AGCAUGGGCUAUUUUUUGCUGCUUAAAGCAAACUUGGUGAGCUGUUCUGAUUUAUAUUUUUGCGCUUGUUAUUAUUAGUUUUACAAAACUGUUUUUACGAAACAGAUAAUGGGUGUCUACGCUGGAUUAGAAAACUUGAAUAAGCUACUAGCCAAGUGUCAAAUCAGUGCUUUGCUAGACAUCUUGUAGCAACCGGAAGGAGUGUGGCAAGAAGCGUUGAUGUGGCUCUCAAACAUCUGCAUGAGGUCAUAGGAAGAGCUGUCCAGCAACUUUUCUCACAUUGAAUGACUAAGUGAUUGUUCAGACCAUGGGAGUUCCAAACUCGAGAGACUAUCAUCCGACAGUUACUGUUGUGCUAAAAAGACGCAAUGAGCCCCUGAAGAAAGACAAACCUAAAUGGAAAAGUGACUAUCCUAUGACCGAAGGACAGCUGCGCAGUAAAAGAGAUGAAUUCUGGGACACCGCCCCGUCCUUUGACGGCCGUAAAGAGAUCUGGGAUGCGUUGAAAGCUGCAGCCGUAGCAAUUGAGUGUAAUGAUCACAAGCUUGCACAAGCUAUUGUAGAUGGAGCUAGCAUCACAAUGCCUCAUGGGUCUCUUAUGGAGUGCUAUGAUGAACUGGGGAACCACUAUAAGCUCCCUGCUUACUGCCUGGGUCCUCCAGUGAACCUGAUCUCUGAAUGCAAUGAUCAUAAUGUGUCUGAACACCCUGAGCCACAGGAAAAGGAGAAGGAGUUCCAGCUGAAGGUGCGUCUUUCCACCGGCAAAGACCUUCGCCUCAGUGCCAGCAUGGCUGACUCCAUCCGUAAGCUGAAGAAGCAGCUUCAAAUUCAGGAAGACAUUGAUACCGCCAGCCAGCGCUGGUUUUUCUCCGGCAAACUACUCACAGAUAAAACACGUUUACAGGACACCAAGAUCCAAAAGGACUUUGUAAUACAGGUCAUUGUCAGUCAGCAUAUUAUUCCCAAAUAAGCUCUCAAAAAUGUGAACCAGUACACAAUGAAAACCAGGAGACACUUGAGCUAUUUAUAUGUUUCCAUUUUUUAAACCUUCUUAAAUCCCUCCUUUUUCACAGCUUAAGUAACUCCUCAUUGGAAACCCACUUAUCAGGUCUGAGUUUAAAAACUUUUUCCAAACAUGAAGCACAAAUGUUCUUCCUAGAAGCAUCUGUUUUUAAAACCCAAGAGUAGCUGAAAAGGCAAAACAUAUACAUGCAGAAAUAAGUGGUAUAAAGUGAAUGUAGGUUUAUUAAUUAUUGAUAUUAGUGACCAUCUACCAGUUUUUACUGUAUAUGAUUGCGAAUAUAGGAUUAA